AAAAUUAGGAAAACAAAAAUGGCCUCGCAUGGUCUUUGUUUUGUUCAGUUUACUUAGAAGUUUUUACCCGGGAAACCUCUCUCUUUCUAAAUAUCUUCCUUUUGUUUAAUGUGUCGAUUGUUCCUCACAGUUGAAUGCAUUCGCUUUUUGUGUCUUGAGCUCUUGAGUCGUCGCAGCUUUGUGUGAAAACUUGUCUAUUGUGUACACUCUUUCCUCGGACCUGUCCAGUUUUAUUUCAUGUUUGUCACUGAUGGAUUCGAGUGUUUAGUUGUUUCUGUCGGUCAUUAGUUGUUUCGUUGAUAAUCCUGCGGCCCAUACAAUGCCACAAUCAAAGAAAAACAGAAAAUCAAGCGGAAUAAUGUGUCCGAAUGGCGAUGACAACAACGCCAUUGGAAAUGGCGUCGAUGGUGUGGGAGAAGAGAUAGCGGGUGGCGGUGGUAAACAAAAACAAAAAAAUGGAGAAACGGAGCUCAUUUUAGUCAUGGAACCCCAGAACACUUCACCAACAAAAUAUUUCGAUCAGAAUGGUAUCGCGCUCAAGGAGGCUUUUCGUGAUGCGCUUCCGGAGUGCGGUUCGCCUCCUCGGCCCAAAAUAAAAACUAUCAGAAAGCGAACAAACCUAGACAUUACAUGUCACAGAUGUUUGAGGUUAUUCGAUACAAAGCUGGAGUAUGAGUUUCAUUAUCGAUGCAGCUAUAACGAAGAGCCGACUUAUGUAUGUCCGGUUUGUGGUAAGCGCAUUUCGCAGUAUAAAGCCUUUCGGUUGCACAUCUAUCGGCACUCAAACAGUGCGAAUCAUCGUUAUGCGUGUGGAAUCUGCUUGAAAGUUUUCCACCAGAAGUCAGAUUUGACCCGUCAUGAAACUAUUCACGAAAGUGAGUCAAUGCAAAAAGGGAAUCAGGUCGCCAUCGAUGUAGUUUCGAACAAAUUUAGCUGUGAUCGAUGUGAUGCCGUUUUCGGUAGUCAAACGGAGAUGCGGUCCCACAACAAAAAGGUACAUCCGAGUCCAAAACAGAUGACAGAGUGUCCCGAGUGUGGCAAAGUGCUGUCGGUGGGAAGUCUAUACUCGCAUAGGAAAAUUCACUCCAAUGGACCAAAGUAUACCUGCGAGGAGUGUAACAAGACGUUCGUUCAGAAAAUUAAUUAUAUUCACCAUCGAAAGAAGCACCUGCCGAACGACGAGCGUCCGUUUCCCUGUGGGGAAUGUGGAAAAGCAUUUCACGAGAAGUCCCACCUGCAGAGGCACUUGUUUUUCCACUCGAACGAACGUCCGUUUACUUGUGAGACUUGCGGUAAAACUUAUAAAACCGAGCGGUGUUUGAAGGUCCAUUCGGCGGUACACAACGCAGAGCGUCCUUUCGUAUGUACCGAGUGCAACAAAGGUUUUCUGAGUAGCUCAAAACUCCGCCAGCACAGUAACAUACACUCGGGGUUGCGUCCACAUAAGUGCAAGUACUGCACCCGCGAUUUCACUAAUUUCCCAAACUGGCUGAAGCAUAUUCGCCGUCGUCACAAGGUUGACCAUCGCACCGGAGAGAAGCUGGUCAGUGUGCCAAAGUUUAUGACCAAAAAGAAAGAUAAAGUGGCUGAGAAAAAAGCCGACACGAGCCGUGAACAGAAGGGGAAGGAGCAAAAAGAAAUUUUGCCCCUUUCGAUUAAGGAGGAGAGUCUUCCGUUUGUGGAGGAGAACUCGAACAUUGAUCUCAAUUUGGUGUCGAAGGAGGAUCUGCUGCAACCGCUGAAGAUGGAGUAUAUGGAGGACAUUUUCUCGAGCCUCCCUGAGUCUGGUUUGACUGUGAUGAAUGAUGAAAACGCAUGCGACACCGAAUUCAAAAGGGAAAAUAUUGGACCAAUCUCCGAGGAAGGCUCAGAACCAUCGUUAGCUGAACAGGAGCUAACGGAACCACCUCUUGGUCUCGCAGCAGACGAUAACGAACUAUUUCAAUUCGGCUACGUACAACCUGAAUUCGAUUGUGAUUAUAGUAUUAAGCAAGAACUAUUGUUACACACAGAGGCUGCUAGGGUGAUCAGGGAAAGUGAAGCAGCAACUAGCGACGACAUGAAUUCGCCACCGGAAGUGAAACCGCCAGUAUCCGCUUCCGGUGCGCUGGUCUACGAUAUUAACGCCGAGCUUCCUAUUUUCCCGACACUUGUUUCUAUUUGCGGCAACGAUCAGCAGUAUCAGCUAAUCAACCCAAACUUUCUUCAUUUGCCACAGGCACGCAAGAGUUCCGCUGACAAUGGUGCUGGUGGCAGUAGCGCUGUGACUACAUUAGAUGCACCGUAAACGAUACGAUAUUUAUUUUAUAUAUUAUAAAACCCGUUUUCACAACAAAAGUACAACCUAUGCACAUAUUUGCAUCGGAAGCAACGGUGGGGCCAUUUCGUCCCCUUACCAACUGCUCGGCUAGUGAGAGACACAUGGAAAAAGUGGUGAUUUAUUUCUAGGUUUACCAAACCUAGAUUGUAGUCAAUGGUAUGAAUAGUAUUUCUCCCGUUCGAAAAAAAAAACGUUUUGCUUCAACGAGGAUGAUUAAUUUAAGAUGAAAACAAAUCAAAUAAUUUAUACGAGAGUGAAAUACGGGAGGGACGUGAGUUAAGGCGACACUCGAUACGAAGCGUAACCUCUGAAAAGCCUACAAAAGACUGUAUUUGUAAUAAAAAUAAGCUGAAAGCCAGAA